GGCGAUACGCUCGCUACUCAGUUGCACGUCGACUCUUCAGGCAGGCGGACGCAUCGCUUUUCCUCCACCUCCUCCUCCCGGCAUCUACGAAUACACUCGCAGUGAAACCAUCAAUCGGAAUCAUGUCGGCUUCCCAGUACUACCAUAUACAGUGUACACCAACGAUCUACCCAGCUGAUCCGUUCGAGCCAGAGCUUGACGCGGAGAUGCUGCGCAAGGCGAUGAAGGGCCUUGGAACUGACGAGCAAACCAUCAUCGACGUGCUUGCCCAUCGCGGAGUGGUGCAACGCCUCGCCAUUGCCGAUAAGUUCAAGACCAUGUACGGCAAGGACCUCCUGGAUGAGCUUAAGUCCGAGCUGGGCGGUAACUUCGAGGACGCAAUUGUUGCUCUGAUGACGCCGCUUCCCGAGUAUUACGCCAAGGAGCUACAUCAUGCCAUUAGCGGUACCGGCACCGACGAGGAGACCAUCAUCGAGAUACUCGCUUCGCUCAGCAACUACGGCAUCAAGACCAUCUCCGAAGUCUACAAGGACAAGUACGGCAACGAUCUCGAGAGCGACCUGAAGGGUGACACUUCCGGCCACUUCCAAAGGCUGCUCGUCUCUCUGUGCUGCGCCAGCAGAGACGAGGACCCCGACGUCAACGAGUCGGAAGCUGCGGUCGAUGCCCAGAGACUUGUCGAUGCGGGGGAGGGUCAGUGGGGUACCGACGAGAGCACUUUUAAUGCCAUUCUUAUCACCAAGAGCUAUCCUCAGCUGCGCAAGAUCUUUGACGAGUACGAGCGCAUCACCGGCAACAGCAUCGAAGAUGCAGUCAAGAGCGAAUUCGGUGGCAACCUCGAGACUGGUUAUCUGGCCGUCGUGAGGUGCGCCCGCGACAAGACCAUGUACUUCGCUAAGCGGCUGAAGGCGGCCAUGAAGGGAGCAGGCACGGACGACAGAACUCUUAUCCGAAUCGUCGUCGCUCGUUCCGAAAUCGAUUUGGGUGACAUUAAGGCGGCCUACGAGCAGAUGUACGGCACUCAACUUGCCGCCGACAUUGACGACGACUGCUCGGGAGACUACAAGAGACUCUUACUUACUCUGGUCGGCUGAAUUUACGACACACGCACACUCUCUCUCUCUCUCCUCUCACCCGUCGAUUGAAAACAUGCAAAGUCAACAAUAUAUAUCUGCUCUCGUGUGCUUCUUUCUUAGUUCACCAUUGUCAUCACGAUCUUUUCUCUGUUUUUUUAUUUAUUUAGAUGUUCUGGUGUAAUCUUCAUUGUUAUCAUAAAUUAAUAAUAGCUUUCUAAACGUUUGGGGCAUGGAGUUUGUUUUUUUUAUUUUUUUUCUUCCAUGCAUAAAUAUAAAUUCAGAUUAUAACUUAUCUUAAUAGUUCAUCAUAAAAAUCAGUAAUUAUUUGUCCGUAAAUAAAAAAAAGACUUAUUGAGUUCCUUUACUUGAGACACCGAGCCAUGAGAUGCUAUGCAGCUGGUGCGUUUCAAGGAAUAGAGGUUUAAUAAUAAACGUGACGCUGACUUUGACUACGCGCACCGAAAGCGAAUGCUGUCGUAAGUAUGGGCGCAUGAUAUACUGUAUUGAACGAAAAAAAUUACAUUUAAAAUGGAGCCUGAAUCACAUUGGCCUAAUUUUAUAGUAUAAAUCUUCAAACUUUUAUUUUGUAAAAGAUUUCACGUAUUUAUGGAAAUGUUGAUAAUAAGAAAAGUACAUAUUUUAGAAGUGGUAUGUUAUGUGUAUUGAACAGUGUUAGAAUUAAACAUUUGAAGUCUAAAUAAUAGAGUAUUUUUUCACAAAAUCCCUGUCAAUCAGUCUUUUUUUCAUUUUAAAAUGAAGCUUAGCAAUAAUUAUUAAACUAUUUUAAUUAUAAAAUUAUUUAUUUGAUAGGAUACAGUACGGUAUAAGAGAGCUCAUAAAAUAUUAUGAAAAACAACAUUAUCAAUAUUGGUUUAUUAUAAAAAUACAUUGUAAUAUGUUGUAUAAGCUAAUCUCCGACUGAAUACUUUGAACAUCUGAACUCAUAUGUCAUAAUCUCAAUGGGAAUAAUGCUUACUAAACAAAUUUUAUCAGUAACUAAAGAAAUUAAUUUUUUCUUAUCAUACAAGUCAUGUUGCUUUCGAUAACCUUUGUUAGUAGUACAAAAAGAGAUAAAAUUGAAAAGCAAAAGUUCACACUAUAUUUAAACUAACAAAGUUAAUCAAAAUUAUU